CCUAAGCCAAUCGGGGUUCGGAGCGGGCGGGGCCCGUGCGUGGCCGGUCUGCGCCCUGCUGGGGACUUUAAACUUGGGGCCUGAGCCGGGCGGGGCCCGGGCCAUGGAGCGCAGGGCGGCCGGGUCCCUGGGGCCGCUCUCCGAGGAGAACUUUCUGCGCUUGGCCGAGGCCGGGGUGCAGAGCCCCGAGUUCACCGCGCUCUGUGCCCAGCUGGUGGCGGAGCUCCGAACCCUCUGCCCCCUGGAGGAGGACAUCAGUCCCACCAGCGGCCCCGAAGAUGCCGAGACCUUCCAGAUUGAGUUGAGCGGGCUGCUGCAGGAGCUGCACUGCCCCUACGCCGCGCUCACCACGGGGGACGUGACUGCCCGCCUGGGUAGCGCCCACCUCUGCCUCCAGCUGCUGUACUUCCUGAGCUCGGAGCUGCAGGCCGCCCGGCUCCUGAGCCGGAAACGCCCCCCUUCGCCGCGGCAGGGAGCGGGGGCCGGCACUGCCCGGCAGGAGUUGCGGCUUAUCAACCAGAUGCUGGGCAGGCCGGAGCCGGCCCCGACCUGCCCCAUCCCCCAGCUCCUGGAGGACAUAAAAUCCAAGGUAGCGGAGGCCCUGUCCGCGCUGCCUGCCGGCCACCAGGAGAUGGCACCGCUGCUGAGGGCGCCGCUGACGGCUCGGCAGUGGGAGGCGCUGGAGGGGAUCCGGCAAGCCCUAUGUGCCGAGUACGAAUGCCGCAAGCGCAUGAUGAUCACGCGCUUCAACGUCACCCUGCAGUCCUUCCACUGGUCCGAGAGGGCGAAGGCCCAGGGCUCCGCGCUGCUGGCUGCCGUCUCCCCACUGCGGCAGGCAGAGUCGGUCGCCUCCGGCGUCACCCUGGCCCGGCUGCUGGCCACCCGCGCGGACGCCUCGCGCAUCGUCAGCACCAGCAGUGGGCGCUGCCGCCACCGGACCAGCUGUGCCAUCAACAAGGUGUUGAUGGGCGGCGUCCCAGACCGAGGGGGCCGCCCCAAUGAGAUCGAGCCCCCCAUGCCCACCUGGGAGAAGAGGCGCGAGGGGGGGGGAGGCCAGCAGCGCUGGGGCCGACGGGGCAAGAAGAAGAAAUGAAGCCUGCUCCAUCUCUGCCGGGAGCUCCCCCCUACACUGCAGGGGGAGCAGGCAGAGCAUCUGGGGGGCAAAGACUCAAGGCCUCAGAGCCCA